CUUUGCGAUUUUGACAAAUGUGGGAGCUGAGAGGAUUGAGUUGCACAGAUUUCGGAUAAUCUACUUCAAGCGGCGUGCAUGGCGGCCGAGGUUUAGUUUCGCUUGGUACGUGGUUCGGUUGUGUCAGGUUAGAGCUGUGAAUUGGCGGCGCCGUUUGUUUGAAAACAUUGUAGAUGCCGUUGAAAAAGUAAACAUAAAAUUGACUGGGAGAAGAAGCAUUUAUAUAUUUUUGGAAAACGCGUAACAAGGUUGAAAUAUGGUUGAUUUAAUAUUAGGUGUGCUGGCAGCAACUUUCAUAGCCCUGCUGACCAUUAUGGUACUUGGUUUCUAUUUUUUUAAAUCAUCGAAGCAAAUGCCUAAGACAUGGUCCGAAUGGCAGACAGAAUUCCAAAUACAAGCCUGUGGAGCUUUUGGAUUAUACCAUGAUUUUGUCCUAAGAAAGAAGGACCGCGUGGAAUUAUACAAGCAACCAGAUAGGGUGGCAGUUAUAACGGGAGGCGGUCGAGGUAUUGGUCUCAAAAUAGUAGAGAAGCUACUCGAAUGCGAAAUGACGGUUGUAAUGGGAGUUAGGAACCCAAAAAAAGCCGAAGCGAGCGUGUCGGAGAUUGUUGACCUAUCAAAAACCAAAGGAAGACUAAUUUGUGAAAAAUUAGACGUUGGUAGCUUUGCGUCAGUUAGAGAAUUUGCUAAAUCAGUUCAAGCUAAAUUCAGUAAAAUUGAUAUUCUCCUAAACAAUGCUGGUAUUAUGUUUGCACCUUAUGAGCUGACCGAAGACGGUUAUGAAUCCCAUUUUGCUACAAACUACCUUGGGCACUUCCUACUUACCCAUUUGCUAUUGAAUCAACUGAAAGCUGCCGGCAAGGAAGGUAGGAAUUCUCGGAUUGUUAACGUAUCAUCGAUUGUUCAUCUUGUCGGUCGCAUAAAUUAUAACGACAUCAAUGGAAGUAAUAAUUAUUAUCCUGCGACAGCUUACAAUCAAAGUAAACUAGCUCAGGUAUUAUUCACAAAACAUCUUAACAAUAUCCUCAGAGAAGAAGGGGCACAUGUUCAAGUUCAUGCAGUCCACCCCGGAGUAGUGGAUACUGACUUGUUCGUACAUUCCAGUACUACUGCGGUACCAGGUCUGAAACGGAUUUUCUUUAAGACACCGGAGCAAGGUUCACGAUGCGUGGUCUAUGCUGCUAUUGCUCCAAAGUUGGAAGGCAAAGGCGGUUCUUAUUUGAGUAAUUGCGUAAGAGCUAAGGUUCAUCCAGCUACAACAGAUUACCAACGCUGCGAAAGAUUGUUCAAAUUUAGCUGCGACUUACUUAAUAUCGAGAAAUUUGGCUCAGUAGGAAAGUAAUUUUGUCUCAAUUAGGCGUAUAAAUGUAUAUUCUCAAUGAUUUUAGUAGUACUUGAACGGUAGUGAUGUAAGUUGGUCAGUAGAACACUAUAUUAUUAUAAUUAGUGCGUAAGUUUUAUACACUGUUGAAGAUGUUGUUGUCUCAAUUAUAUCGAAUAACUACUUUACUUGGUAUACUUCACUAAAUUAUUACGAAUACCUUUGUUAAAUACAAUGGGAAUAAUUUUUAUAAUAAAACUUCUUAUUUUAUAUGGAUCAA